AUGAGUCCCUACGAAACGGAUCCAGAAUUGGUACCUACGGAAGAUCCUUAUCUUUCCCGGAGCGUACACUACGGCCGAUAUACGCCGCAUGACGCCGAUUUCAGACCCUCCUAUGACCAUUGGUGUGAAACGGACCCAGACCCAACGUACUGGGAAGGUGUCGUGAGGAAAUUCUGUACCCCGGAGAAUUCGCUGAAUGUUCCUGGGACCAGGGAAGCUUUUGCUGCUGGCAGCGUAAUAAUCAGGGUUGACCGUAAUAGUAUCGAGAGCGCAACAUCAGAAAAGUACAGAUUUGCCAAUUUAAAUGAGCUGCGGGCGGCCAGGAAGGCGGAGGACGCGCUCAAGGAACUUGGGGUGGCUGUGCCGGUGAUAUACUUCUGUGGACCUGUUGAGGGGAAAAAUGUCACAGUCGAGUCUAGGAUCCCUGGUGUCUCUCUUGAGGUCGCCUGGAGAUACCUUACCGCUGAACAGGUGAAUGGUUUCAAGGAGCAAUGUCACCGCAUUUUGCAGCGUCUAGGCGCUCUUGGAUCGUCAGAUAAUGGGCCGUCUUACGUCUGUCAUGAACUCAACGGACAGUCACACCCAGAUUCUGGAGAAAGCGAAAGAGAUAUACUAUUCGAGCAAGGAGAUGGAGAACACGACCUGUAUUUCACCCACAAUGACAUGGCCAGGUCUAAUAUCAUCGUCAAGGACGAUCGAGUUGUGGGACUUCUUGGUUGGCGACAGAGCGGGUUCUUUGGUCUCGAGAAGGCCAGGAAGAUCCAUCAGCAGCUCAGAGUUCCUGAGCCAACAUUUAUCAGCAGCUCCGGUGGUCAGGAAACGCUGAACUGGGAUGAUCUGUAUGAUGGCAUUUCUACUAACGCCCAAAACGGUAUCGCUUUAAAUGGUGAGGAUACCUUUACCACAAAGGUCAAGACCGAACCCACAAGCAUCAACCUAGACAAACUUCCUAUGAAUGGCCAGAUGGAAAUUCAUAGGCCAGUUUUGACUCAGCUCGACGGUACAGAAGCUUCAGACGAAUACUUGACUCCGAAGAAAAUAACAGAUCUCAAACAAGGUGUCAAAUCAAGGGCAUCAUCAUCAGAGAGAUCAUCCCCCGCCAUCUCAACAAAAGUUACAGCUUCGAGCAAGAAGACUGCGCCAACUUCUAAAAAGAAAGGAACGGCCGCAAAGAAACCAGCCACGAAGAAACGUAAACGUGCCGAUCAAGAUGGCGACAGCGUUGACAGCCGCUCAAAUACGCCUCUCUCAACACGUACCAGCAAAACCCCUGCGUCAAAGAAACAAUCCUCCGUGUCUGUAGCCGGCUCCCCUGCUCCCGAAAGCAAGAAAAAAGGAUCCAGGAAUGCUGCCGCGGACGAAGGAGAUGAAGAUGAUGACUUUUCAGAUGCUAACGAGGUCUUCUGCAUCUGUCGUAAACCUGACAAUCAUACCUGGAUGAUUGCAUGUGAUGGUGUAUGUGAGGAUUGGUUCCACGGAAAAUGUGUAAACAUCGAUUCCAAAGAUGCAGAUCUGAUUGACAGGUAUAUCUGUCCGAACUGCAGCGAACUAGGACAUGGAUUUACUACCUGGAAACCGAUGUGUCGGUUACCUGGAUGUCGCAAGCCAGCUCGUGUUUCUCGAUCAGAUCCGAGUAAAUACUGCUCCGAUGAGCAUGGUCGAGAAUUCAUGCGUCGGAAGACACUGCACCUUAACUUAAGUUUUAAUCCUACGCCCCGAAAGUCCAUCCCUGCCAACCGGGUUUCAAUGUUAUCCAAAGAUCGCUUUGGAGAUGGCAAUAAUAUUGAUGGCGAUCCUGAUGAAUCGCAUGCGGAGGAUGGACCUGGCUCUAUAUAUGGUGGAGAGGAAGAUGGGGAACACGAACAAAGAGCUCUGGAGGAAUUCAGCAGCAGAGGAGGCGUGCUGACGGCUGGUGAGCUGAAGGCCGCUAUCAUGGGCGUCUCUUCGAUAGAAGAAUUCCGCAAACUUGGUGAGCGCAUUAUAUCACCACCCCCUGAUGAAGAAGAGGAAGGGAAGGCAAACAAGGACGGGAAUGUCAAUGGACACGAGAGAACUACAGGAGAUGGCCAAGAAGCAGGUAAACCCCGAAGCAAUAAAAAGCUCGGUCUGGAUAUCGACGCCCCAGGCCUCACAUACACGCUGGAUGAGGCAUCGAAGAUUGAAAAACUACGCAAAAAGCGCGACGAACUCCUCAGUCGCAAGGAGAUGCUCGACGCCCGCAGUGUGUUCCUGACAGCUGUCCGCCAGCGAGCUAAGUACGUGCUCGAACAUCUGAAGAAAAUAGACCCGAAAGGCGGCUGGAAAGACAUUUGCGGUUUCGACUCCCGGUUUGCAUGGUCUGACGAGGAAUUUGAUGAAUGGAGACUAUCGCCAAUGGGCGCGGAGGCGCUAAAGGAUGGAACCCCGGAUGCCCUAGCUGCGAGUUACCCUGUGCCUGCGACCGAUGCAGACGGUGACACAGCCAUGGGCAGGGAUGCCAACACGACAGAAAAUAGCAACUCUGACACAUUGGCCCGUGGCGUCUGUACGAAGAAACGAUGCGAACGGCACAAGCAAUGGGUCAAAGUCCAGCAACAAGAUAUUCUAUUCGAGCAAAGCAUGGUCCACCAGGAUCUUACCGAAUGCGAGCAGGAGGCGCAAGCCGUGGUGGAGAGGGCCGUCCUGCGGAUGUGGGCUGAGAAGGAUAAUUAUCUAGCUGGUGGCGAGUGA